CCGGAGUCGGUUUUGUUUUGCUUGUGCUGCCGUGUGUCAGGCUCGCCUGGCCAAAGUUUCGGGUUCAAGUCAGGUUCAAGUCAGGUUCAAGUACCUGUUUUAAAAGUGGAGAAGCAGCUCAGCCAAUCAUGAAUCUGCUAUGAAUGACUUGAGGAGAACAUUUGGGGAUUGGUUCGGUGCUGUCCGGGGCACUUUGGAGGAUUGGGAAGGGAGACUUUUAUUAUUCCUGACUUCCUCAACGCCUUGAUUGGUGUUGCACCUGGAGGGAGGUGCGGACGACAUGGCCAGUCCACAACAGACGGAUCUGUCAUAUGCGUGGGAAAAGUACAUGGACUGCAGACUUCAAGGAGCGGAUCUGCAGGUCAGCCUUCAGAGUCUAGAGAAUUUCCUCUGCCUCUUCCACUAUGUGCAGCAUCACCCCAACCACAGCCCCAAAGAUGCACUGAAAUUCUGCUCAGACAUGAGUGGGGCCAGUAACACACUGGCAAGGGAGUUCCUGACCGAUGUACAUCAACUGUGCAGCGCGGUGGCUCAGAGAGCGGAGGCACGGGAGGAGGAUGAGGAGGAGAGUCACAUGGUUGCACUGGGAGAGUACUUGGUCAGGGGACGAGGCUUCCUGUUGCUCAGCACGCUGGACUCCAUCAUUGACCAGGAGUUGACCUGCCGGGAGGAGCUGCUCACUUUGCUGUUGUCUCUGCUGCCGCUGGUGUGGAAGAUCCCUGUACAGGAGGAAAAAGCCCCAGAUUUCACCCUGCCGUCCCUACUGGAGGUUUUCCUUAACUGGGAGGUGAAGGCCGUCCCUCUCAGAACAGGACAGAAGACUGGCACAGAUGAACAGGAUCCGGGGAAGAGGUCACGUGUCGGCAGCGGCUCCUGGAAAUCACGGAGGUUGCGCAGGACAGCCCAGAGAUAUUCUGUAAAGGAUGCUCGGAGGUCCCAGGUUUCUACCUCAGAUUCAGAAGCCAACUGUGAAGACAAAGCUGUCUCUGGCCCGGGUGGCCCAAGGAGCCGGAGGUCACACGGCUCAACCAUCCGGGUAAGCUGUCAACAUCAUCGUUCAGACGCCUCGCAGUUAACAUCCACCGCCACCAACACCGAAACCAUGAGUGCCCCAUACCCUCAUCCUAGAGCCCCUGGGUCCCAGAUAACGGACACUGAAACCCUGACAGACCCCGCUGCAAUAUCAAUAUUCAACCGCAUGGAGAACUCACCCUUUGAUCUCUGCCAUGUGUUGCUUUCACUGCUAGAAAAGGUGUGUAAGUUUGACAUGAGCAUCAACCACAACCCUGGCCUGGCAGUCAGCGUUGUACCCACUCUCACUGAGAUCCUGACUGAGUUUGGAGAUUGCUGUGGUCCAGGGGGAGGGGGUGGAGGUGGUACAGCGGCAGAGGAGCUUGCUGGAGGCUGGACAGAAGAGCCCAUCGCCCUGGUUCAGAGGAUGCUCCUACGCACCAUCUUGCACCUGAUGUCGGUGGAUGUGAGUCAGAGUGAAACCCUUCCAGAUAGCUUGAGACGCAGCCUGACAGAUUUGUUGAGAGCCACCCUCAAAAUCCGAAGCUGUUUAGACAGGCAGACAAACCCCUUCGCUCCUCGCCCCAAGAAGACCCUGCAGGAGGUCCAGGAUGACUUCUCUUUCUCUCGCUAUCGCCACAGGGCGCUGCUGCUUCCGGAGCUUCUAGAGGGGGUACUACAAGUGCUGCUGGGUUGCCUGCAGGCUUCCACACCCAACCCCUUUUUCUUUAGCCAGGCACUGGAGCUCAUCCAUGAGUUUGUCCAGCACCGUGGCCUGGAGCUGUUUGAGGCCACAGUGCUGCGACUGGAGGGAAUCGGCAGGGCCAGGGAUUCAGAAGUAGGAGGUGAGGCCUCAGAGAGGCUACGAGGUCUCAUUGCAGGUGUCUUCAAGAUCAUCAGUGCUGUUAAGAAGGCAAAAUCAGAGCAGCUGCAUCAGUCAGUGUGUGCAAGACGACGUCACCGUCGCUGUGAAUAUUCCCACUUCUUGCAUCACCACAGAGACCUGUCAGGUUUGCCUGUCUCUGCUUUCAAGCAGGCCGCCAGACGUAAUCCCUUUGAAGAGGAUGGAGAAGGCAAGGAAGGGAUGGAAGGUGAUGCGGUGCGUUACCCUGAGCGUUGCUGCUGCCUGGCUGCCUGUUCUCACCAAUGUCUGCGGCUCUUACAGCGCCUCUCCCCCAGUGGACCUGCUGUGUUGCAGGUACUGGCUGGGGUGCAGGCUGUUGGAAUAUGCUGUUGUAUGGACCCCUGCUCAGUAGUAAGACCCCUGCUGCAUGCCUUCCAAGCUCCAGGUCUGCGUAGUUACCAGUCUCAUGUUCUAAGUGUUCUGGGAAGACUGAUCCUGGACCAACUUGGUGGUGGUCAGCCCUCAGAGAAAGCCAAGCUGGCCUCCUGUAACAUCUGCACUCUGGACAGCAGCCAGCUGCCAGGUCUGGAGGAGACGCUACAGCACGGGGAACCUUCAGCCAUUUCUACCAGUCUGUGUUACCGUUCCCAGGGUAUUCUGCCGAGUGGAGGGGGGGCAGAGGACAUGCUGUGGAAGUGGGAUGCCUUGGAAGCCUACCAAGAACUAGUGUUUGGUGAGGACUGGCAGCUGAGCCAGCAGAUAGCUGGCCAUGUGUGCCACCUGACCCUCCGGGGCAAUGCCAUAGUUCAGUGGCAGCUUUACACACACAUCUUCAACCCUGUGCUGCAGAGAGGGGUAGAGCUGGCCCACCAUGCCCAACAGCUGGGGGUUUCCACUGUCUGUACUCAGGUCUGCAGCUAUCACACGCAGUGCCUGCCAGUGGAGGUACUUCUCAUAUACCUGCAAACACUACCUACCCUCCUCAAAUCAAGGGUGAUCAGAGAUCUUUUCGUCAGCUGCAAUGGGCUCAACCAGGUGACAGAGCUUAUCUACCUAGACCAGACCCGCUCUUUGGCUCUGAAGGUGUUUGAGACUCUGAUUAUAGGCGUUGGACACCACCAAGUAGACGGGGUGCUUCAGGAGCUGGAGAGUGCUGAUACUGAGGAAAGGGAGGCGGUUUUGGGCCUGGCUGAGGAACUGGGGUCCCGAGGGGCUGGAGAGGGCCCGCAGAGCCUCAGCAAGUUCUACGAAGGCCUAAAGGAAGUGUAUCCUCGUCAUAAGAGCCGGAGCGGGCAGGGACGAGGACCGGGCCGCAGCCGGGCAGAGACCCACCUCCACGUCAUCAACCUCUUCUUGUGCGUGGCCUUCCUCUGCGUCAGCAAAGAGGCUGACUCUGACCGGGACUCGGCCAACGACUCUGAGGACACAUCAGGUUAUGACAGCACAGCCAGCGAGCCUCUUGGUGGGCGGCUGCCGUACCUGUCCCCCGACAGUGUGGCUCUGCCCUCCAAGGAGCAGGUGCGCCGGGCUGCUGAUGUUUGGUCGGUGUGUCGGUGGAUCUACCUGGCCAGCCCCUUGUUCCAGAGGCAGUUCUUCAGGCUAGGGGGACUGGAUGUGUGCCUGCGUCUCAUGGCCAUGGUUAUCCAGAAACUUUCCUGUAAGACCAAGGAUGGGAAAGCGAAGAAGAAAAGGGACAGUAAGGGCAAAGGCAGUCCCGAGUCCACGGUCCCAGCCAAUUCGCUGGGAGUAGAGGAGACGACUCAAGACGCAGCUGACACCCACUGUAAUGCACCACCCGAGGGAAAAACCAAAGAUCCAGCAAAGAAGCUGGAGGAAGAGUGGCAACUGCAAAGUAUUCGUCUCCUCGAGGCCUUACUGGCUAUUUGUCUACACAGUGCUAACUCAGCCCUGCAGAGGAUCGAAACUGAACUUUCUUAUCAGCUCCAGUCAGUGGAAGAGACCCUGUUUGAGGUGAGAGACCAGCUCUCUCGCUCAGGGGUGGUGAACUCUGACCUCGCUGUACCUCUGUUCGACUCUCUCCUGAGAGUGGCCCUGGCAGAGGUGUCAUCCUGUCCUGAUCCCCCUGAGGAGAAGACAGACAGGGUGAGUCCUGCCUUUGGAGAAACUCUCCAGGUGUUGGCGGAGGGGGCGGCCCCUGCAGGCGAUCUGUCUGAGGAGGUGGAUGAGGUGCAGAGCUGUGGCGUCAAGCCCCCCGGAGAGGAGGAGGGCUACGACGCCGACAGCGAGAGCAACCCCGAGGACAUGGCCAAGCAGGAAGAGGGAGUGAAGGUGGAGUCCACUGUGCUGCGGGAGUUUGCGGCAGUGGCCGAGGGGCCCAGGCGCGGCGUGCUGCUGUUCCCAGAGAUCUGCACAAUGGAGUUGCAGCUCCUCGCCACCGGCUCCCCAGACCUGGAGGUCCUGAGCCAUGUGUUUCACAGUCUGCUCGGUGCGGUCCACGCCAACAGCCGUAAUGCUGCCUUGCUCUAUGACCAGGGAGGAGUCAAAACUAUCCUGUCUGGCUUUUAUAACAUCCUCAGUCAAACAGACCCUUCCUUCAAAGAUUGCCAGACUGUGCUAGUGGAGCUGCUGGUUGCCAUGGUGAGCCAGCGAAUCACAGCGGAGGAACUGGCUCUAUUGAUUCGCCUCUUCCUGGAGAAGACCCCACCUAUUGAGAUUUUACUGAAUGGCAUCCUCCAAAUUGUCGAAGCCAACAUGAAUAUAGAACCUCUUCACUUGCUGACCUUUCCAAUAAUCCUUGGGGCUUUGACGCCAGGAGGGUUGUCCCCUGGCUCCAGACAGAACGGUGCUGCCGGAGGGAAAAGCGUGGGUUUGCUCUGGAAGGGCAAACUGUCUCCCGGGCGCAGGGAGGGGGAUCCUGAGUUCAGGGCGAGCCACCUGUGUUCCUCUCCCUGGCACAUCGCUCCCCUCCACUUGCCCCUGGUAGGGCAGAACUGCUGGCCCCACAUGGCCAGCGGCUUCAGCGCCUCUAUGUGGCUGAGGGUGGCAGAGCAAGAGGAGAAGGACGGGGACACAGACAAAGAAGAGAGAAACCCUCCCACGGCUGAGUCCCACCAUGGUUCCUCUCAGGCUGGGAGCAGAUUAGUAGAAGAGGGCCUCAUUCAUAUUCUAUCCAUGGGCUCCAAGGCAUUGAUGCUGCAAGUGUGGGCAGACUUCUCUACAGGCUCUCUCACAUUCAGGAUUUGUAUAGACCCAAACGAUGAGAUAAAAGCAGGGCUGUUGGCGCAGGCGGACUCUGCUGGGGGACUGCUCAGGCCAGGCCAAUGGCAGCACCUUGGCCUCACUUACACCCAGCAGCCAGAAGGCAAGAAGAACAUCCAUGGUCGCGUGGUUGUCUGGGUGUGUGGCAUCAGGAAAUGUGAGGUUUCUUUGGACUACACCUUACCCAGAAAGUCCAGUUUAUCAUCCGACAGCAACAAGACCUUCUGCAUGUUGGGAAACUGUAUGCCGUCUUCUGAGGAGCUGGCGAAGCAGGGUGGGCGCUGGAAUAUGGGCACUGUGCUUCUCUUCAAUGGGUCUAGAAUAGGAUCUGAAGAGGCCCUCUUCCUGUACAGCAGCGGGCCUGACCUCACCUCAAUCAUGCCCUGCAAGUAUGGCAAGCCGAGUGGGACAUUCUCCAAGUUUGUCACUGAGGAAGGGCUGAAGUGUGAGCAGGUGCGAGAGCUUCUGAUGAAGAGCAAGGACGUGGACACUACAGCUUUGGUUGAGAGCCUGGCAGUAGUAUAUGCUCCCAGCAGUCCCAGACACUAUAUUAUCUACGAACCUGUAAUCAGACUGAAGGGCCAGGCUAAGACAGUGGUUACCCAGAGGCCUUUCAGCUCCAAAGAGGUGCAGAGUGUUUCCCUGGAGCCCAACGCUCUCAGGGCUCUGCUCCCCACUGAAACCCAAGGCCUUCAGAGCGUCCUGCACAAGAUCGGAGGGACGGGAAAUUUUGUCUUCCUCUUUGCACAGACGGUGGAGCUGAGUGACUGUGAGCAGACCCAGUCUCUGGCCCUGCGGGUGCUGCUGUCUCUGUCCAAGUUUAACCAGCACCGCAUCCACGAAAUGGACUGUUACCAUGGUUACUCAAUGAUCCACCAGGUCCUCAUCAAGUCCAAAUGCAUCGUGGGAUAUCAUAUGCUGAAAACUCUGCUGGAUGGGUGCUGCAGUGGACCCAUCCUAAUCCUGGGGGAUGAUGGUCAAUUCCGUCUGGACACUGAGUCCAUCGCUGUGGUGCAGGACAUCAGGCUGCUCUCAGAUAUCCUGUUGGACUGGAAGAUCUGGGCCAAGGCUGAGUGUGGAGUGUGGGAAACACUGCUUGCUGCCUUAGAGAUCCUCAUCAGAGUGCACCACCCUCAUCAGGUCUUUAAUAUCCGUCAGUUCCUCAAGGCUGAAGUUGUGCAUCGCUUCCUGCUCACCUGCCAGGUGUUACAGGAGCAUCGGGACGAGCAUCUGACUGCCAUCCCACAGGAAGUCUGUUUGUCAUUCGUCAAAAUCAUCCAGGAAGUAUUAGGGUCUCCUCCAGACCUGGACCUGCUCAAACUGAUCUAUAACUUCCUGCUGGCCGUUCACCCUCCCACCAACACCUACGUCUGCCACACUCCAUCCAGCUUCUACUUUUCACUGCACAUCGAUGGGAAGCUGUACCAGGAGAAGGUGCAGUCCAUUAUGUACCUGCGACACUCCAACAGUGGAGGAAAGUCUGCCAGCAGCUCUGUGCUGUCCCUCUCCCCCAUUGUCUUCCCCGACAUCCAUGAAGGCCAUCUCCAUGCUCCUUCCCCUGAACAUGGAGGUGAUGAUCAGUCGUUACGCCCACCUAGCCUGGCACCAUCUCCAUACUCCUCCCCUCUGCUGACACCGCGCCUAAGGCACGCUGGUUCAAGUGAGGCAGGUGAAGGUGACGGGGUCUCCCUCACCACUCAACAAGCUCUGGGCAGCACAGAAACACUCAAGAAGGGCGGAGGUGACGAACAACUCCUGAGCAGUUGUGAAUCAGCGAAGACUAUUUGUGACUCGAAGGAAGUAGGUGAGGGAGGAGCUCCAUGCACCCCUUCCAUCAGUGUGGAGGAGGAGCGGGACGAGGCAGCAGAGGUGGACAGCCUGGCAGAAGGCAGCGUGGGGGUCGCAGAGUCUGAGGACAGAUUCGACUGGGCCAGUGACGAGGCACCUCGCCGCCCUGACAGCCUGAAAGGCAUCCAGUCCUUCCAGAGGAGCCACAGCAACCUGGCCAGUCUGGGCCUGGCCUUCCCAGCUCCAAACGGCUCAUUGGCUGUCAGUCGCUGGCCCAGUGCAGCUGACCGAGGCUCCAUGCCGGAGGAGUGGGAGAGUUACACCUACUCUCCUGGUUACGAGAGGGCGCACAGCAAGACUGAGUCCAAUGACCGGUCAAGCACAGAGGACUGCCUGGUGCUCAUCUGCUGUGGACUCUAUGAUCUUCUGAGGGGCGUCCUGCUCCUGUUGCCUGACCUCAUGCUCGAGGAAGUGAUGGAUAAGCUCAUCCAGCCGGAGGCCCUCAUUGUCCUGGUCAACCACUCAUCACCUCUCAUCCAGCAAGGAGUCAUGAAGCUGCUGGACGCCUAUUUCAGCAGAGCCCUCAAGGAGCAGAAAGAGAAGUUUCUGAAGAACCACGGCUUCUCAUUGCUGGCCAACCAGCUGUACAUCCACCAGGGCAGCCAAGGGCUCCUCGAAUGUUUCCUGGAGAUGCUGUUUGGGCGGCCGGUGGGCCUGGAGGAAGAUCUGGAUCUGGAAGAAAUGGAAAAUAUCUCCCCCUUCAGAAAGCGCUGUAUCAUCCCAGUGUUGGGUCUUAUUGAGAACUCCCUGUAUGAGAACUCCCUGGUGCACAACAUCCUGUGCAUGUUGCUGCAGCUCCUCAACGCCUGCCCUAAGCUGGCAGACAUCCUGCUAGACCACGGGCUGCUCUAUGUGCUGUUCAACACUCUUUCUACCCUCAAUGGCAUGGAGAAUGGUAUUCCCCUGAAUGACUACAAGCUCCUGGUGUGUGACAUCCAGCAGCUGUUAGUAGCUGUGACUAUUCACUCCUGCAGCUCUUCAGGGUCCCAGUACUUCCGCAUCAUCGAAGACCUCAUUACCUUGCUGGGUUUCAUGCAGACCAGCAAGAUGCGCCGCACGCAGGAGAUGGCUGUGGCCUUGCAGUUCCGCGUUCUCCAGUCAGCGAUUGAGUUUAUAAAAACAACAGCCAAUCAGGAACCACAGAAGUUGAGCAGCUCUGUUAAUGCGCCAAGCUCUCCACAUCACGCCAUCUAUCAGAAGCGCAAGAGCAUCGCGGGCCGGCGCCGGUUCUCUUUGGCCCAGACCGACUCUCUCUUGAUGCGAAUGCGCUCCGUAGCCAGCGAUGAGCUCAACCAGAUGAUGCAGAGGAGGAUGAGCCAGGAAAACCCCAUACGUGCUAGUGAGACAGAGUUUGUCCAACGGCUGCAGAGGCUUGUGGUUCUUGCUGUCAACAGACUCAUUUACCAUGAUGUGAGCCAGGACUUAUUUGACCUGCUGAAUAUUCCCGACUCCCCAGACCAACAACUUUUCACACCAGAUCCAAGUGAUCAAACGCAAGAGGAGAGCGGUUCCACCUCCAUGCCACACUCACCUACACCCUUCACCCUGCCGCCUGCGAGUAAGAAGAGCUUUCAGAAAGACAUCCUCAGACUCAUGAUGGACGGGAUCAAAAUCAGCCUGGGCAGCACUGGCAGAGGAGGAGCUCCACAUCAGCAGUGGCGAAGGAUCUUAUGGUCGUGUCGAGACACUUUUCGGGUCCAAAUCGGUCGCCUGCUGGUGCACACGCUGAGCCCUGCACUUCCCUUGGACGACAGGAAGGAGGCGCUGGAGUUCGUGUUUGAUCCCAGACAUUUAGAUAUCCUCAAGGAGAGCCUCAGCCCAGGUUUAGAGCACGGACCCAAGCUGUCGCUGUACCUGUACGAGAUGUUGCACGAUCACAAGGACGGCCUCACCAAAGACGAGCAGAAUGCUGUGGGUGUAUUCAUGACCUCGCUCAAGCUUUGCGGCCAUCGCUGCAUCCCACCCAACGCCCAGCACAAACAAGACUUGCUCAAGGCCAUAAAAGAGGAAAAAUUGAAGUAUGAAGCAGAGGAGAAAACAAGCAAAGUAGCGUGGGAAAAGAAAAUGGCCAACACUCAGAGGAAUCUUAUCCAGAGGCUGGAUGGAAAGUCCAAAGACAUUUCCAAGAUUGCAGCUGAUAUCACUCAGAAUGUGUCUCUGCGGCAAGGCAUGGAGAGAAAGAAAGUCAUCCAGCACAUCAGGGGCCUCUACAAGACUGACCUAAGUGCCAGUCGCCAUUGGCAGGAGCUGGUUCAGCAACUCACGCAUGACCGUGCGGUUUGGUAUGACCAGACAUCCUACCCCACGUCCUGGCAGCUGGACCCUACAGAAGGGCCAAACCGGGAGCGACGUCGGCUUCAGAGAUGCUACCUCACGAUCCCCAAUAAAUACCUGCUGAAAGACAGACGGAAAUCUGAAGACACAGUUAAGCCACCGCUGUCCUUCCUGUUUGAGGAUAAGACUCACUCCUCCUUCUCCUCCACUGUUAAAGACAAAGCCACCAGCGAGCCCAUCAGGUUCACCAGACGGUGCAUCAGCGUCGCCCCCUCAAGAGAGACAGUAGGGGAGCUGCUCCUGGGAAAGUCCGGGAUGUACUUUGUGGAGGACAAUGCCGCCGACGCUCACGAUACCCAGAGCCUUCACGGGGAGACCGAGGCACCUUCUUUCUCCUGGACGUACGAGGAGAUCAAAGAGGUGCACAAGCGAUGGUGGCAGCUAAGAGACAACGCCGUGGAGAUAUUCCUCACCAACGGCAGGACCCUGCUGUUAGCCUUUGACAACACAAAGUUUCGUGACGACGUCUACCACAACAUCUUGACAUCCGAUCUGCCCAACCUGCUUGAGCACGGGAACAUCACGGCGCUCACGCAGCUGUGGGGCUCAGGUCAGAUAUCCAACUUUGAGUACCUCACGCAUCUCAACAAGCACGCCGGGCGCUCCUUCAACGACCUCAUGCAGUACCCGGUGUUCCCCUUCAUUCUGCGAGAUUACAUCAGCGAGACGGUGGACCUGCAGGACCCAAACAUAUACAGGAAUUUGAGCAAACCCAUCGCAGUCCAGUCCAAAGAGAAAGAGGAUCGCUACGUGGAUAAUUACAGAUACCUGGAGGAGGAAUACAAGAAGGGCAUUCGAGAAGAUGACCCCAUGCCUCCGGUCCAGCCUUACCACUACGGCUCCCACUACUCCAACAGCGGCACCGUGCUGCACUUCCUGGUCCGAAUGCCGCCUUUCACCAAGAUGUUCCUCGCCUACCAGGACCAGAGCUUUGAUAUCCCGGACCGGACGUUUCACUCCAUGAAUACCACGUGGCGCCUGUCCUCCUACGAGUCCAUGACUGAUGUGAAAGAACUCAUCCCAGAGUUUUUCUACCUCCCAGAAUUCCUGGUCAACAGAGAGGGUUUUGAUUUUGGGGUUCGUCAGAACAGCGAGAGGGUCAACCAUGUGAAUUUGCCACCCUGGGCUCGCAAUGACCCACGUCUGUUCAUCCUGAUCCACCGGCAAGCGCUGGAGUCUGACCAAGUGUCCCAGACACUGUGCCAGUGGAUCGACCUGGUGUUUGGGCUCAAGCAGAAAGGCAAAGCUGCCGUCCAGGCCAUCAAUGUGUUCCACCCGGCUACCUAUUUUGGCAUGGACGUCUCAGCUGUAGAAGACCCAGUGCAGCGACGGGCCCUGGAGACCAUGAUCAAAACGUACGGACAGACACCCAGACAGCUGUUCAACGCCUCUCACAUCUGCAAGGCCGGGCCCAAACUCAUGAUAGAGGGGGAGCUGCCGGCAGCCAUGGGUCUCCUGGUCCAGCUGGCCUUCAGAGAAACCAGAGAACAAACCAAAGAAAUAGUCUGCCCGAGCCCACUACCAUGGAUCAAAGGUCUGAAGUGGGGCGAGUACGUGGGGUCACCCAGUGCUCCGGACCCGGUAGUGUGCUUCAGUCAGCCUCACGGGGAGAGGUUCGGAUCCCUGCUGGCUCUGCCAACACGAGCCAUCUGUGGCCUGUCCCGCAAAUUCUGCCUCAUGAUGAUUUACAGCAAGGAACAAGGUGUGCGGAGCAUGCACAGCACAGACAUUCAGUGGUCGGCCAUCUUGAGCUGGGGCUACGCUGACAAUAUAUUGAGGCUCAAGAGCAAGCAGAGCGAACCACCCAUCAACUUCAUUCAGUGCUCACAACUUCACCAGGUGACCAGCUGCGCCUGGGUGCCCGAUGGUUGCCAGCUAUUUACGGGCAGCAAGUGUGGAGUCAUCACCGCCUACAGCAACCGCUUCACCAGCACCACGCCAUCAGAGAUGGAGGUGGAAUCUCAGGUUCACCUGUACGGACACACGGGAGAAGUCACCAGCCUGUUUGUCUGCAAACCAUACAGCAUCCUCAUCAGUGUCAGUCAAGAUGGCACCUGUAUCCUCUGGGACCUCAACAGGCUUUGUUAUGUACAAAGUCUCACAGGCCACAAAAGCCCGGUGACGGCGGUUUCUGCCAGCGAGACAACAGGCGACAUCGCAACAGUUUGUGACUCAGUGGGCGGAGGCAGCGACCUACGUCUGUGGACAGUGAAUGGCGACCUCAUAGGUCACGUCCACUGCAGAGAGAUCAUUUGCUCUGUUGCCUUCUCUAACCAGCCAGAGGGCGUGUCGGUCAACGUCAUCGCUGGAGGGCUGGAGAACGGGGUAGUCAGGUUGUGGAGCACCUGGGAUUUAAAACCAGUGAGAGAGAUCACCUUUCCCAAGUCGAGCAAACCCAUCAUCAGCUUGACGUACUCGUGUGACGGCCACCACCUCUACACCGCCAACAGUGAGGGUACGGUGAUGGCGUGGUGUCGGCGGGACCAGCAGCGCAUGAAGCUGCCCAUGUUCUACUCUUUCUUAAGCAGCUAUGCUGCAGGCUGACUGUGUGUCUGAUGUUUACAACUGUCCAGUUCUCUCCUCACUCCAGCUUCAGCAAGAGGAGCCCCCCUCCUCCUCCUCCUCCUUCUCCUCCUUCUCUUCCUCCUCCCUCCACCCACAGGGAGAGGGACGUGUCAGCAUGGCCUCAAUCUGAACCCCCCCUGACUUUUAACUAAAGUCAUCCCCAGUCGAGCAAACUCCACCACUGACACCCCCAGCUUUAUGAAAAUAGUAUUAUAUGUAUAUAUGUAUAUAUAUAUAUAUAUAAUAUAGACAUACUGAAGUUGAAUGUUGGGGGCAAUGAAUGAUCUGGCUGAGGCUGCAAUGGACACUUUAUACAAACUGUAUUUCUGAAAGUGCGUUUGGUUUGUUAAGUCUUUUAUUCUUUUGUUUCCCGCUGUUGAGUCUGUUGAGUUUUUGUUGUGCAAAGAUCCUCACCCGAUGUUGAUUUUGCUGUUUCCUGGUAAGCUGCUAUCGCCUGGCAAAAAAAAGAAAAAAAAAGCCAGAUCCCAAAGUGCGAGGACCCCCAUCUCUCACCUGGGCGGCGCAGGGAUCUCCCACAGCGCACCGGUUGACAGAUUGCUGCCGGAGCUCGGCGUGCGUGUCCUGCUGACGCUUGCAGUAGCCUGGAGGGAGGGAUGGAGCCCCUCCUCGUGUCUGUCACCGGGAGACGUCCCCGCUCUGUGGGAGUGAGACGUCGCUCUGCUGGGCUGUCUGCUCCACUCAAGUCUGAACACUAGUGUCGUGGCCCUGCAUCACUUUGUAUCUGCGCCCAGUGGAGGGAUGGGAGGAGACGUUUGGCUGAAUUGUUCCUUGUGUUGCCUGUUUUUCUUUCCUACUUUUGCAUGCUAGAAUUAUGCCGACCUUGACUGCAUAUGUGGAUGUGACAUUUACUGUCAUGAUACUCAUUCAUGAAGGCCUGCUUUGGUUGAAAUCGUCCUUUUGCGUUCAGAAAUGUUGAUGUUCAUUUAUUUAUUAGAAACACCACAGAGGCUAAUCUUACCUGCAUUGCCUCUGUAAUGUUUUACUGUCUUAAACCUGUCCGCCUCUCAAAAUGCACUACACCCUUUCACUAUUUCAUAGAGCUCGCUGAAAAUCCUGAGAAAGCAAAUAACAAACAGCUUUAUAUGCUUAAAGUGUUUUCAUUUGUUGAGACGAAGCAGAGAGUAGUCUCCUGAACGCUUCCUCUUCCUCGCUGAUCUAAGAGGCACGCUUGGCACCUGGGCAGCAUUACAAACAGGUUGUAGUUGGUGGGUGUGGUGAAGGGCAUCAUUUCCAGCUGCUGAGGAGACUCAGAGUCGGAGCAGGUAGAGCUUCCUGUACUGAUUAGGUUUUUCUGCAGCUCACAUGAUCGUCCUCCCUGUUUCUUUAAACACUACACUGAUCAGGCUGAGAAUCAGUCGACCAAACGUCUCUUUCUUUAACCCACCAACAGAUCCAUGCAGCUAUUCUUUACAUUCCCACUCAACUUACUGCACUUUCACUUCAUCCAUUAUUGUGUGUGAAAUGGUAGUCAAGGCACUUUUCUUUAAAUUAUAUAUACAUUUCAGAUUGGCCCACCAGCCAAUCAGCUACAAUUUUAAAUCAAGAGGAGCCAAUACUCUGUGGUCUUAACAUUAAUUCCACUAAUAAAUCUCAUCCAGAAAGCAAUAUCAGACACAGACUGCAUGCAAUAGAUCUUUUUUUUUUUAAAUCGUGUUUAUAAUUGGGAAAAAAUCAGGAAUGUGUUUGAACACGGCUGUGAAACAAGUUGUUCUGCUUUGGACUGUGACUGCGGUGAGCCCUCUGCGAUGAAAACGCCAUCUUACAUUUCACACUUUGUGUUUGACUUGUUUAUGAGAAAGGGAAUAUUUUCUUAUUUUGUCACGUCAUUCCUUUUGUGUCACUGUGUGGAUCUCCUCCUCAGCCCCCCUUGACUCCCGUGUGUCAAGACAUGAUGUUACUGUGUUUACUGUUUUUCAUGCUUACAUUUGUGCGUCUACGAGACCCACAACUUUUCUUUUCUCCUGAACCUCCACAUGUGAGAUGGUAAUGUUUUUGUUUUGUUUGUUUUUGAGAAAAUGGCAAAAAAGCAGGAAGGAAAAUGUGAUGACAGAUGAUGUUUUUGUGCAUUCAGAUAAUGAAGGAAAUAAUAUUUUUCUGUUGAUAUCUUAAGCUAUGCAUAAUUUAAGAUCAUUGUCUUAGGUUGCUUAAAUUGUGUUGUCCUCAUUUAACUGACCUCUCUGAGCUGGUUUUGCAGUUCAGCAACAUGGACUGAGUUCUGAAAGGUCGUGUUUUAUGUUUCUUUUUGUUUGUAUAUAUGUGCGUUAGUGUAUGUAUGAACAAACCAAGUUACAAGUAUAUUAUAAAUAUAUAAAUAUAUAUAAAUAUUUGAAGAAAUAUUA